GCCAAGCGUGUUAAUUGGGGAAACUCCUCCCCGCCGCGGCUGGAAGGCACCGCCAGAGCAGCCGCGACCUCCCGCCCCGCCUCCGAGCCCAGCGGCCCCAGCUCAGAGCCCGGAGCCCGCCCCAGCAGUGGGUAACCCGCGGGUCUCCGACUGCGGGAGGAGGGCGCCCCGCCACCUACCGCCUCCCUCCCCCUUUCGCGCGGAGAGCUCCCGGGGCGCGGACACAUCCCGCGUGCGCCCAGCGGAGCCGGGACCGUCGGGGGCGCAGUGCUCAGUGCUGACACCUGUCCCACCCGGUCCGCCCAACCUGGGGCUCUGCAGCCGGUGGCAGCCUAAGAGCCCGAGCCGGAGGAGAACAGGCCCGCGCUCCCGGAAAGCCGCUCCCGGUAGAGGCCUCGGACCCGAGCCCGAAGCGCCAUGGCUGCGAAGCUGCUGCUUCUUCUCUGCCUGUUCUCGGGCUUGCACGCUAGGUCCAGGAGGGUGGAAGAAGAUGAGAAUGAAGACUCUCCUUCAAACCAGAAGUGGGUCUUAGCACCCAAAGCACAAGACACCGAUGUAACGCUGAUUCUCAACAAAUUGCUGAGGGAAUAUGACAAAAAGCUGAGGCCGGACAUUGGAAUAAAACCAACUGUGAUCGAUGUGGACAUUUAUGUUAACAGCAUUGGUCCUGUGUCAUCCAUAAACAUGGAAUACCAAAUUGAUAUAUUUUUUGCUCAAACCUGGACAGACAGCCGCCUUCGAUUCAACAGUACAAUGAAAAUACUUACUCUGAACAGCAACAUGGUUGGCUUGAUAUGGAUCCCAGACACCAUCUUCAGAAACUCUAAAACAGCAGAGGCUCAUUGGAUCACCACACCCAACCAACUUCUGAGAAUCUGGAAUGAUGGAAAAAUUCUUUACACAUUAAGGCUCACUAUCAAUGCAGAGUGCCAGCUGCAGCUGCACAACUUCCCCAUGGAUGCUCAUGCCUGCCCACUGACCUUCUCUAGCUAUGGCUACCCCAAGGAAGAAAUGAUUUAUCGUUGGAGGAAAAAUUCGGUGGAAGCAGCUGAUCAGAAAUCAUGGCGACUCUAUCAGUUUGACUUCAUGGGCCUCAGAAACACUACAGAAAUCGUAACAACGUCUGCAGGUGAUUAUGUUGUCAUGACUAUCUACUUUGAACUGAGUAGAAGAAUGGGAUACUUCACUAUCCAGACAUAUAUCCCCUGCAUACUGACUGUGGUUCUGUCCUGGGUGUCAUUUUGGAUCAAAAAAGAUGCAACACCAGCAAGAACAACAUUAGGCAUCACCACAGUGCUAACCAUGACCACACUCAGCACCAUUGCCAGGAAGUCCCUGCCUCGGGUAUCCUAUGUCACUGCCAUGGACCUCUUUGUGACGGUGUGCUUCUUGUUUGUCUUCGCUGCGCUAAUGGAGUACGCCACCCUCAACUACUACUCUAGCUGUCGAAAGCCAACUGUCAGGAAGAAGAAGACAUCGUUAUUACAUCCAGAUUCCACAAGAUGGAUUCCUGAUCGAAUAAGCCUACAAGCACCCUCUAACUAUUCUCUCCUGGAUAUGAGGCCUCCACCACCUGUGAUGAUCACGUUAAACAAUUCCAUGUACUGGCAGGAGUUCGAGGACACCUGUGUCUAUGAGUGUCUGGAUGGCAAAGACUGCCAGAGCUUCUUCUGCUGCUAUGAAGAGUGCAAGUCGGGCUCUUGGAGGAGAGGCCGCAUCCACAUCGAUGUCUCAGAGCUGGACUCAUACUCCCGGGUCUUCUUCCCGACAUCCUUCCUGCUCUUCAACCUGGUCUAUUGGGUUGGAUACCUGUAUCUUUAAGUGCUGCUCUGAAGGAUGACUGAAGAGUACUUGAUUUAUGUUUUCCCUUCCCCCGUCCCCAGACAAGUAGUGACCAACCAAAAAAGUAGCAGGGAAGGACACUACUCGAGUUUGUUAUGUUACCUUUCAGUAGCAUGGGAAGUACCUGGAAAGUAUUCCUUAUAAAUAUUUCACUCUCUCUCUCUCUCUCUCACACACACACAGGCAUACACACAAACAGCAAUUGCAUUCUAAAGUGAUAUUCUUGCUAACCCCCCUCUUCAACCUGUAGUUUGGUAUUUAUGAAUGGCCUUGGAUACUAGAAGCUGCCAGUUACCAUGCAAAGACACCUGUAAAACAUGCAAACAAAUAUCCAGAGGUUCUCUCAGACCCUCACCCUCAUGUAUCAUCCCUUUGUGCUCCUUGGCACCAGUGCCUGUUUGUCCAGCAUCUCCUUAGUGGAGAUGCUCUAGAGCUGACCUCACUCUGAGAUCCAGCUUGAACCACAGUCAGCUUUGGUCCCUUCUGUGAGGUCAGUUUGCUCAGGCACUGCUGUGCGUAGCUAGCUCCCCUCUUCCUGGCACCCUUCCUGCCUGCCUGGGAGGUGCUCAUAUGUAUCAGCCACAAGUUUCCAUCUGUGGAAAAAAUGUGACUUUUAAAACUUGUUGCUGAGACCACAACUGCUAUUUGUCUCUAAAUCUUACAAAGUAGUAACUUUCUUACAUCAGUAUUUGUAUACUGGGUUCCUGGACUAGUUGCGUUUCAACUCAGCAUUUCUAUAAGAGCUGUGUUUUACAGGACCAAGUCUCAGUCUCAGAUGAAGGGUGUAGCUUAUAUUAUUGUUAGGGGUUCAGUAACCAUCUUCAUCCUCUAAAGACAUGCAACAUGGAUAGGCCUUUGUUUUGAAACUGUAUUCCAGAGUGUGAAACAAUGUAGACGAGUACUUAAACAUGAACAUUAACAUUCAAGCCAAACCAACAUUAGAUGCAAAAAACAUGGGUAAUGGUUAUCUUCAAUUACACAUUUUGAUGAGCAAAAAUUAUUUUAUACUUUGAAAUAUGGACACAUAGCAAAAUCCCAAAGAACUCUCCCCCCCAAAAAAAAAUCAAUUCUUUUGAUAUUUUUAUAACACAAAACAAAUUUGCUUCUUGAUAUUAGUUCUUUGCUAUGACCAGAUGCUCUUGUACACUUGAGGUCUGUGACCCUUUUGAAGUGUCCUCUGUUGGGGACAAGCAGACCUUGGCACUCCUCAGCAGUCAGUAUCUCAGUGUUAUUACAGCAUUCACUACUGAAUCCCUGUGUGCUUUGCUCUCCCAGAGCUGAAUUAACUUUAUUGAAGGUCAUUCAGUUGUCCAUUUCUAUUAUAUAUGCUGGAUGAUGACAUAGAAAACAUAAAACAUUAUACAAAUAGAAUAUAUAAAAGUGCUGACUUCUCCCAGCUUUUUAGAUGUAUUUCAGAAAUCAUGAUGGCUGUGAGAGAGACCAGAAAGACUGAAACUACACAUUUUUUCUAAUUCUUUCUAAUACUGUUGCAUGUGAAGUCAGUGUGAAAAUAAGCACAGCUGCUCACAAGGAAGGGUAAUAACAGCUGUCUAUGGGUGUGAGAUAUCCAGUGUUUUCUCCAGAGUUUCAACUAACGAACUAUUAGUUUGAUAGUUACUACAUAAGCCACUUGGCCUCCAGUUAGAAAAUUCAAUUUAAAAAUUGAAAUAAUAAAUACUUGUGGAGAAUAAGCUGAAGAUAGUGACUUAAAUUAAAUUUCUCCUCUGUUGGGGGCAGUUUUGCCUAUAGUACACUAGUAUCUCUGAAACUCCCACCUUUGGCAGGCCUGCUCCAGAGGUACCCACAGUACUAAAGACAAAGAGAAAGCAACACAUAUAAUUGCAAACACUAGAAGUUUAGAAUUUACGAUCAGAAUUUUAACCUGUUACAUUUCAAAAGUUCUGGAGAAAACUAAAUUUUCUAGUAAUUUUCUGUUCCCAAGGAUUAAAACCUACACAGAGUUACCGUAGCAGAACUAACUCCCUGCUACCUUAGAACAACUCCAUAGAACUACCUUAGAACAACUCUGUGCUCAAAACCUCUCAAGACUUUUACAUGCAAGACAUACGUACCAGUAGCCACUCAUCGCCUCCUGCCCAACCUCGGCCAGGCUGAUUAAAACUCUGAAAACCAGCACAUGUUCCAGGAGCAUGCAGUGCCUGUUUCUCAGUAAAAUUCAAUCAUCUAUGUCAGUCUGAAUCUCCAGGAUAAACCAUUCUAUUUCAUGAAACAGGAGAGAUGUCUGCCCACUGCUCAGGGGCAGAGCCUGGGGCUUUAAAGCAUGAACUUUGAGGAGAAUCUGGGGCACCAGAAGGGGAGUGAGAAAUGCACCUCAUCCUUAGACCCCAACUCUCCUUACUUGAUGAAGAGGGAUGUGUAUGGCAUACAGGCUCAAGCCUGCUGUAGUCUGUCCCAUCCUACUCAGGUUUUUUUGUUUGUUUGUUUUUUGUUUUUGGUGGGGUUUUUUGUUUGUUUGUUUGCAUGUAGAGCUGUGGGAUGCUUGGGUAGUGGUGUGAACACCCUGCAUUUCAAAGGUGCUACUGUGUCCCUCCCUCUUAGAAGCACUCCAAAUGAGUAGACUGUUUGAACAGAGAUUCCAGAUUUCUGACCACUGUGUAUCACACUGAAAACUGUGACUGUCUCCAUUAAACUACAUCCUGGUGGAUGGGGUAAAACUAAAAAGAUGUUCUACACACCAGAGGAAUUAAAGCAAAAUGUCUCUUCAAAGCCUAGACAGUUUCCUCAUGGGUGUCCCUGAUGCAGGGUGGAAGACAGUGCUAAUAAAUUUACUAUAGAACCAGCCAACACUGCCCCCAGUUUACCCAGCAUAUGCCUUAAAAUAAAAGUCAAGCCCCCAGUUUUUCCAUUUUCCAGAAGUUUCCAUUUCCUGCAGGAGCCUACAUGUCAUAUUAAAUUUUUCUGUUUUUUUAAAUGCAUGGAUGAAAAUAGGAUUUCAUUUCUUUAUAUGACAACCAGGCAUCUUCACUUUUGCUGAGUUAAUUUCAAACUUUUAUGGAUGCUUCGAACAUGGAAAUGUUUGUCCUUAACCACAAGCCAUGUCCAUGUUCCAUGUGGGAACCUGAGGGUAAGUGUCCACAGAAUGGCACUGCUCCAGACUAUUUGACCUGGCAAUAAGCUGCUGCAGUGAAAGAUGUUUAGAUGUGUGUUGUAGCUCUAAAUGAUGCCACAUCUGAAAACGAUAGAUGCAAGGGACCAGGAAUCCCAUUUCACAUCAGUUUGUCUUAACCCCGCUAGGAAGCAGUGGUCCACUCGAUCCAAAGGGCUAGGAAACAAAACAAAACAACACCUCUGCCUCCUUGGUCAUUUUGAUCUCAGAUACCAAACUGAAAUUUUUAUUUGAAACUUGAAGAAUUCCAGCUGGUCCCAGAUGCUGUUCUUCCGUUCUAUUACUUCAGUGCCCUGGAGGCACCCAGCAUUUUGAAUCUGUGGUUUGGCAACUGGUUUUGAGUAUUUUAUUUUCUUUUAGAAUUCAAAAACAUAUGAGUUUCCAUAUUAAAAAAGUAAAAUGACUAGAGAUAAACAUAUUAUAUAACUAAGUAUAAAUUGAAAUGUUGAGUUCCAUUUAUGCUGAUAGAUUGUUGAUUUGGAGCUUUAGAACACAAGUAUAUGGAAAAGUGUUUGGAAAUAGGAAGGGAAGAAACAGAAUGUUAACACAGCAAGUGUCUUAUUCACAGUUUUCCCUGAGCUCCCUUCAAAUGGCUACAAGUGGCCCAUAAUGAACAUUGGAUCUAAGGCUACCAGGAAUCCAUGUUCUUUGUGGAAGCAUGGCCCAAGAACUGAAUGCUGAUGAAGCGCUCAGCAUGAUCAAGCCCGUCUCUGACCCCUCAUUGUCUUACCUUCCAUUGUAAACUUGGAUUCUAACAUAAUGCAGAGGAGAAAAGACCUGUGACUUGAGAUGAGAAGGUAACAUGGUUACCAGUCCCAGAACAAAAAUUUGCUUUGUUGUUUUUAACUACAUUCUGGUUUUGAAGCCUUGAAGUUAGGAUGUUCCUGUUUCCCCCUUUUAAAACUUCUCUAGUGUAUAAGAUAAUAACUCCAUGAUAAAAGCUUUUUCUGAUUCUGUUAAGGUUAAAAGAGAAGACGUUUCUGUGUAUUUGCUUCCAGCAUGUCUUUUAGUUGAAUGAUACUUUAGUUCGAAUAUUCCCAGUACGACAUUUUUGAAACCCCCUUCCUGCAAUAAAAUCCCAGUCUUAAGCCAGCUUACAUAAAUCAGUGCUAAAAUCUGAAUUGAACUCUAAUUGGUCAUUAAAAAGUUUCCCAUGCAUUGAGUUAACCAGGUUUUUUUUUUCUUUUACAUUAUGUUAUGUGAACUAGUAAAUAUU